GUGAUGGAACAAAAGGCAGGUGACACAUUAGAAGUUCAAAGGACUUUGAACGCGAGUAAACCGGGAACUGUCCUAUCUUCUCCUCCUCCUCCUGUACAAGAUCACAGUGGCGAUCAAACGGAUGUGGUGUCUGAAGAAGCAAAGAAUACGCAGAAGCAGCCAGUACCCAGUGAGUCAGGUGAGAGGAGAACUGAGAGGCAACAAGAACAGAUAAAGGAAACCACACACGGUCCUCAACAAGAUAAUCACAAUAAAGAACCAAAUGCCACAGGUACAACAAGUACUGAAUCCCACGUUACUGCUGACUCAAACCCACAUCCUACUACAGAUGCAUCACCUAGUGAAAUAACUCAAUCUGGUCUAGCUAUUGAUGAUUCAAACACACUAAACAACACGAGCACAGAGCCCAGCAGUACCACUGAUAAUGUGACAACUACAGAGAAUGAAUCAACAACUGGUGUCGAUACUGCGGUUGCAUCAGCAGAAGGGAACACCACAGCGAAC